AUGUGGAGUUCAUAUACAUGUCAACGUUCAUGCCAUUCUGGUUCAUGUCAAUCAUUUGAUCAAAAAUGUACACAACGAUGUAAUAUAAAACGACAUAAAUGUGGUCAUAAAUGUAAUUUAGUUUGUUAUGGAUCUGAACCUUGUCCAAUAACAACAUGUGAAGCAAUAAUUAAAGUUCGAUGUCCAUGUGGUAGUUUAGAAAAAAAAUAUUCUGAUUCUAAUUUAACAUCACAUAUUGAAGCAUUAAAAAUUUACAUAGAAAAUUCAAUACUUGCACGAAAACGACAACAACAACAAUUAGAAUGUGAUGAUGAAUGUCAUGUUAUACAACAAAAUAAAAAUUUAACUCAAGCUUUCUCAAUUAAUCUUGAUGAACUACGACAAUUACCAACUGUUUAUACAGAUUUUUUACGUGAUUAUGCAAAGAAAAAUUUAGAAUUUAUUCAAACUAUUGAACGACAAUUAACUCAACUUGUUGAAGAAACUCAAGCUGUUCGUCGUUUAAUACAAUUUUAUUCGUUUACACCAAUGAAAUUUCAUGAAUGUUAUUUAAUUCAUCAAUUAGCAUCAUUUUAUGGUCUUCAAACACAAGCAAUGGAUCCUGAACCAAAUCGAAAGAUUGUUGUAUGUGCAUCUUAUGGCAUAUGUAAAAUUCCAUCAAUUACAUUAACCCUAGUAGUACCAGCCAAAGUCAUUUUUAACCCUGUUUAAAAAAUUUAAAAAUUCAUUAGGAAUAUUUGGUUUUUUUCCAGUUUUUAGAAACAAUUAGCAUCCCUUACGAAUAAAGUGUGGCUGUGGCUUUGGCUGUGAUUGUGCAUGUAAGUCUUCUUAUCAGCCUUACCCACACCCCACACCCUCGCAUCUGUUGGAUUUUCGUUCAAAAACCUCGAAAUUUUGAACAAAGAUAUCCAGAAUGCAUUAGCUAUUGUCGAUUAUCCUGUGGCGAAGAAAAAUCCAUCAGAACGAAAUGAAAAUUCUACUCAAGCAAAACGAAAACGGUGUUCGGUUUGUGAAUAUUCUACGGGCAAGAAAACUUCAACUCAAUGUAGUUGUUGUUCUGCAUUUGUUUGUGCUGAGCAUUCUGUUAAGCGUAUUUUUUGUAUUACUUGUUCUAAAUAAAGAAUAUCACUUUAAUGAUUUUUCUAAAGUCGAAGAUGAAAACAGCAUAUUUUAACAGGAGACCAAUCCAAAAGUAAAAAAAAUUGCUUUAUGAAAAUAUAUGUUGUCAGUAUAGUGCGUAAAAAAGGCCGGUACUACUAGGGUUAAGUGAAACAAUUGUACCUGAAAAACUUUAAAUAAUAUGUGGGUGGGUGUGGGUAUGGGUGUGUGGAUGUGUGGGUGUGGG